GGUUUUGCUACUCCAACCUCUAAAAUCUCUCCUCGGGGGAAAAAAAAACCAAAACAAAGUGAAAAAAAAAAAAAAAAAAAAAAUGUCAUAUGUGAACAUCUUUCGACGCUGUGACGUUUAGAAGUGCAAUAUUUAAUUUUUGAAAGAUUAAAUCUUUGAUGUAAUGUCGCUUCAAAUGAACUUCCUUUUCGCGAAAUAAUAAUUAAUGGCGCUCACAUUUGAUGAUCUGGAAUUCAAUCAGUUUUUUAAAGAAUUACAGACUAAAUAUAUCCAAAAGUUUAAAGAAGCACAAAAAAAAUUGUGGCUCGUUUGCGUUCCUCAUCAAAGUAGCCUGAAAGGGUGUGAAGUUUCUCAAGAUUUUAUUGAUUUACAUAUUUUAAAGCCAUCCCCAUUUUUCAAAAGUCAUUAUGUUUCCACUGAUACCAAUAACAGUGUUAGUGUGGAGAUUGAUGAUGGAAACAUCAAAACACCCGAUGGUGUGGUGAAAAUUUUAAUGGAGGAAAUUGGGUAUAAUGAUGAUUAUAAACAGUAUAAAAUUUUAAUUAUUCAGAGACCUUUAAGCGGUUCUACCAGGCUAAAAGAUGAAAGUUGCACCAGUAUAAUAAAUGGUGGCAAAAACUUACUGCUUUCUUUAAAUGAGUGUACUUUGUUUCUUCAAUCAAUUACAGAAUGCUCAAAAGUCUUAAGGGUCCUGGAUAAAAAAAUUAAUGUUUUUAACACAUCAUAUAUGAUACUACCGGAGUACUUGCCAGAUGCAGCGGUUAAGUUGCACAGUCUCUCUCGCUGGACAGUAGAGGAAUUUUUCAAGUCUUUCAAAGCCGAAUCUUUCAAUAAGUAUUCGUCAACAGAGCUGUCUGCAGUAGUUGAAAAUUAUAUCCUUUGCCACAUACAUGACAAAGCAUUUCCGGCAAUAAAGAAGUAUUGCUAUGAAGAGGAUAAUCUUUUGAAUCAAAAACUAUUAUCGCUGUAUGAGGGAAACAUCACACCUGAUCAGCUGGGUGUUAAAGAGUCAUUUUGCUGUCAAACACCUAGCGCAGUUGUCGAAUUAGCAUCAUUGAAUUCUAGAUUCUCUCCUGUUGAAAAGCUGAAUUGCUUAAUGACAACUUUAGAACUCCUCAACCAAGACAUAGAACAGUUUUUGUUGGAAACAUACCAUCCGGUGAGCUACAAGAAAGAUGUCCCUAAAUUAACCUCUGAUGAUUUAAUUCCAUUGCUGGUCAGUGUGAUAGUGCAAGCCAGGCCUCAGUAUUUAGCUACAAACUUAUACUAUAUUCAGAACUUCUGCUGGGAAAUUCCAUCAAUUGACAAAUACAGUUAUGGCUUAGUUACAUUUCAAGCUGCUAAAGAAUUCUUAAGGAGCAGUGAGUUUGAGUUUCUUAAGCCUUCAACAAGAAAGAUUAAAAAAGAGCUUUCUUUGGAGGAACUGAUGGAAGUUACAGUAGAGAUACAAAAUAGUUCAAAGUCAUCUGUUGAAAGAAAGUCUGCACAAUGUCAAUCUCCAAUUGAUCAUCAACUAGAGAAUGUAACAAAAAUGAUUGAAGCUUCAACAAUGGAAUUAGGAGAUACCUGCUAUGUGAACAGGAAUUCAAAAGUCGGAAGGGAGGAAAGUGUUGGGGAUUUUCUUUCCAGUUUGCGGCUGAACAGUCUUGGUCAUACAUAUGGGAAGCAAACAUAGAUUUUUCUUUGAAAAUAGAAAUAUGUAUAUAAAUAAUUUAUGAUUUGUGAGAAUAAAAU